AUGCCUGUCAAUAUUAUUGCGGCUGAGGAGAGCCGGGAGGGGGGAGCAUUGUGCUGUUCGGACGAGGCUCUAGGCCUUGCAGGUUCAGCGACGGCCGGGACGGAGGCGGUCGACUCGACCCCGGGGAACGCAACGCUGCCUUCCCUAGCUUCGAUUCAGAAUAAUGAGGAGGGUUUCCCAACCAAAGCAGCCGCUGGAUCCGACGAUCCGGCCGGAAAUGGCCAGAGGUUUUCGGCAAGCGGUGUUGACGGCUUCCCUGGCGAGAUCCAGGCCUUGAAGAUGAAGCUCCUUGAGCUCGAGCGACAAGCCCGGAACAAUGUGGCACCUGUGAAAAGAGAACAGUCGAGUCCGCGGCUGAUGGAGUAUCUCGAAGAAUAUAGGCGCAUGGAAGCCUGUCUCAAGAACCAUCGAAAAGAAUGGGAACGCGAGAUAGGGCCGGGCGGUUGGGGUAUUCGAGACAUACAUCCCCGCGAGUACAUGGAAUCGGGAGGUAUACAUGCUCUCGAACCGUUUGACAUCAACUGGGUCAUUCGAAAGGAACGCACCUACGAGCCACCGAGUCUCCUAGAACUCUCUGGCGAGGCGGAAGACGGCCAGGGGCAGAGCGGCGCCGACACUUACGAUGAAUUUGAUCAAAUUAUUGACUACGGCAGCCGCCGCGAUCGGCUUCGCAAGAACUUUGAGUGGGAAAUGGACCGCAUCUAUCUAGCUGAAGAAAUGGAUCGCCGCAGGAGACAGAAGGUCGAAGCGACCAAGGGGCAACAUCCCGGCGCGGAAGAAAAAAAGGGGAACCGUGCGAGAGACAAACUGCGCGGAAAAGACGCACAGUCUGACGACGCAGUACCAACGUCUCUUAGGUUUGCCCAGCCCCAACUCAACCGGGUAGAUUGGACCGGCUUCAAAAUGCUCUCUGCGGCCAGUGCUGUGGAGGAGAGGGAUGCAUUUGUCAUCGACAUUCUCAUGGGCGAGCCCAACGUUGACGACGACUUCGGUGGCAAUGCGCAUUGGUACGGCUUCUCGGGCCAAGCCCGCAGGCGGGUCGUCAUCCCGGAUUCCAAAAACUCCUCGAAUAUGCUACCUGGGCAGUUGCAGCUUCCUGAGAGAGUACGGAUCAACUCCGAGGCACUCAUCCAGAUUUUCAGUACAAUCUUGAAGAAUGAAAUGAAUCGGCCGACUGUUUUCAUCAGACCUUUCAAGGCCCUCUCUUAUUGCGAGCCAGCACUACGAGACUGGUGCACGGCCCUGGAGAAGAGGUUUGAGGCCGUGCCGGCCGCAGUAGGUGAGGAGACGCCCCAGGAGGGAGACGGCGAAGACGACAAGGCUGAGGACGAGCUUGACGGCAUAACCAAGUCGCCUACUGCGUUGGAGCACUUAAAAUGUCUUCUGAGCUUCGUGGACUCGGACAUAUCGGCCAAGCAGACGUAUCUCCGCAGCCCUGAUUGCCGCAAGGUUUUCUUUUCGGACCUGUGGCUGCUCUUCAGACCGGGGAUGGAAGUGACGGGCAGUGGCGGCAAGCAGGCCUACCGGAGGUGGUCUAGCAACACGGGGAGGCGCAAGACAACGCCGGCGUUCAGCAUUACGUGCAUCUACAUCGACUUCGACGGCAAGAGCCUGGGGCCGGUCUCCAAGGUCUUUGACUUUAAGAGGUUUGACGGCGAGAGGGACGUGACGUCCUUGGAGGUGUACCCUCUCCGCUUUCACCCCAUCAAGAAGGACGAGUUUAGCGACUCAGAGUGGGAGGCACUCGAGGCCCUCCCUGCCGACGAGAGAUACAGACGCAAGCUUAUACACCGAGGCGCCAAAUUUCUUGAGGUCGCCGGCGUGAAGCAUAUGUACUACGCCGGACCGACGCUGGAGGUGCGAGACGAGGUGGAGAGUCAGGUAGUGGUUGAUUUCGAAACGGCGUUUUCGGUCGAAGACCUCGCUCAGCAGAACUGGAAACCUGAGCUAAAGACGAUGAUCGGAAACCCAGGGAGUGAGGACGGCGAACAGGAUAUACAAGAUAAGACCUGUAACGCGGCCUGCUGUCGGCUGGACAACGUGCACGACGACUUUUAUGUGGACAAGAGGCAGGGGGAGGAGUAUGUUAAUGGCCUCCUUCCCGAAUCAGGUGCGGUAAACGAACAACCAUCGAUUGCCAUUAUUCCGCGGCCAUUGAAGGAGAUACGCAGUAGCAGCGGCAGUAUUCUCGUCUCGGAUGAUGAGCUAGUCAUCAUGUCGUACCGCGUCUUUGGUUUCGUCCUGCGCAGUCGCAAAUGGGCCAAGCUAGAUCUCUCAUACUUGACCGAUGUUCAUCUCCCGGCGGCCAAUGGAGGCAAGGACCGACAGGGCGGCACAGAGGAGGAGAAAAGUACCACGGCUUUUGACCGCCUCGUCCUUGAGGAGUGGCAUCGCCCCAUGAUCCUGGCCCUCAUCGCCCAACACUUCCGAGACAAGAAGGCGACGGGGGGGCAGACGGAGGAGUUUGACAUAGUCAAGGGAAAAGGUACUGGCGUUCCUCCACGGCUCAGCGUGCCGGUCGACAUGGUUGCCCGACUGACAUGGACUUGUGACCUUGGCACCACUGCCGAGGAGGUCGAGAAGGCCCUAGAGACCAACUUUGCGUUGGCCAGCAGGUGGGAUUGUAUCCUAUUGUUGGACGAGGCCGACGUUUUCCUCGCCGAGAGGACCAAGCUGGACUUUAAGCGGAAUGGACUUGUGGCAGUCUUCUUGCGCGUCAUGGAGUACUAUUCCGGCAUCCUCUUUUUGACAACCAAUCGUAUCGGCGACUUUGACGAAGCCUUCACGUCUCGCAUCCAUGUCAGCCUGUACUACCCCGAGCUGAACAAUGACAAGACCGUCCAGGUUUUCAAGCUGAACAUGAGCAUGAUUCGAGAUCGCUUUGCUAAGAAGGGGCGAAUAAUUGAAAUUGACGAAAUGGGCAUCGGCGGCUUCGCUGCCCAACAUUUCACCGCGCACCCGCAUGCUCGCUGGAACGGCCGGCAGAUCCGUAACGCCUGCCAAACGGCGCUGGCGCUAGCCGAGUUCGAGGCCCAAGGCAACAGCCACGAGCAGAUUCUCCGGCCUGACGCCGUCGUCAAGCUCGGGGUCAAGCAGUUCGAAGUUGUGCGCAACGCCUACCUCGAGUUUUCCAAGUAUAUGAACGCCCUAUACGGGUCUAACUCGGCGCGCCGUGCCAAGGAGGCGAAGUUGCGCGCCAUCUGGAUUGACGAGAACAACAAUGUCGUGGCCGGCCCUGGCGCCGCCGGCGCGGGCGGAAUGACCAUGGACAAGACGGCCUUCGGGGCCGCUUCCAGAGUCCAGCUGCGGCCCCUACCGCAACAGUGGCAUCAUCAGGCGCCUGCCGCGCAGGAGCAGCGCUAUACUGAUGUCAGGCACAGGCCACCAACACAGGCCGACCAGUUCUCACCCAGCGGCCAAUCUUGGGACAACCCCGGCGCGAGGACCGCUAGUCCCAGUACCAGCGCCAAAGCUAAUGCCAACGCCCCUUACCAAACAUCCUGGGAGGGACAGAACGACGCGUUGGCCGUGCCACAGCCGUCGCCAGUGGGAGGACAGCACUAUGAGCUAUCGCCACCGCCACAGCAGCAGCAGGCCUAUCCACCGGGGUUCGACCGGAACAUCCAAAGCAUGUACCAAGCCCUGGGUCCCCAGGCCGCCGGGCGGCUGUCACCGAGCAACCCUGGGCCGGGUAGUGGAAACGUCUAUGCCCCAAGGGCGGGUACUCCCGGGCAACAGUGGUGA